AAAUUUUGAAGCUCCUGAAACAUGGCGCUCUCCCUUUCUUUCUCAAAACUUCAAAGUCUUCAACUUCCUCUACAAAUCCCCAUCUCCCCCCUCGCUUUCUCACACCUUCAUCUCUCUCUCUCUCUCCAAGCCACAGCGAGUAAAGUCCAAAGCUCGGCACUCUCGGAGCAAUGGUCUCUACCACUGUGGCGGAGCAAGUGAACUGCAGUCGGAUCACCACUCGCGCAGCUGCCAAGAGGAGGGCGAUGGCACCCUUGACGGAGGACAACCAUUUGACUAAUAAGAAGCGCCCGGUGCUCGGAGACGUUACGAAUGUGGUUAGCGUCGGCGUUUCAGGGAACUCUAAACGGGUUGAGCUGCAGAAACCGAGUUGCUUGACCGAGAAGGAAAAAAGGGCCGAGGCGGCGCGUGAGUUGGAGGACCCUCAGCUUUGUGGGCCGUACGCCUCCGACAUUUAUGCCUACCUCCGCCGUAUGGAGGCGGAGCCGAGAAGAAGACCGAUGCCUGAUUACAUGGAGAAGGUUCAGAAGGAUGCAAAUGCUAACAUGAGAGCGGUGCUUGUGGAUUGGUUGGUGGAGGUUUCAGAGGAAUACAAGCUCCUCCCAGAGACUCUUUAUCUCUCCAUUUCUCACAUUGAUCGAUUUCUCUCAAUGAAUGUCGUCCACAAGCAGAAGCUUCAGCUCCUCGGAGUUUCUUCAAUCUUCAUUGCCUCGAAAUAUGAAGAGAUUGAUCCUCCUAAUGUGGAUGAGCUCUGUGACAUAACUGAAAAUACAUACAAAAAAGAAGAGGUGAUCAAGAUGGAGGCUGAUAUACUCAAAUCCCUAAAAUUUGAAAUGGGCAAUCCGACUACUCGGACCUUUUUAAGAAAAUUCACUGAUGUUGCUCAAGAUAGUUACAAAACUCCCAUUGUGCAGUUAGAAUUCUUGGUUGCCUACCUUGCCGAGCUGAGUUUGUUGGAUUACAAGCUUGUCAAAUUCCUGCCUUCUUUGGUAGCUGCAUCAGCUGUUUUUCUGGCAAGAUUUAUGACUCAAACAAAAACACAUCCUUGGUGUCCAGAGCUGCAACAGUAUACCGGAUAUAAGGCAGCUGAUUUGAAAGAAUGUGUUGUUGCCAUACAUGACAUGUGCUUGGGAAGAAGAGCAAGAAAUUUGAAUGUUAUUCAAGAGAAAUACAAACAACCUAAGUUCAAACAAGUGGCACAUAUUCCUUGCCCUCAAGAAAUACCAGUUCAUUUCUUUCAAGAUCUGAAAGCAUGAAAGAGUGAUCUUUUUGGCAAGGUCUUAUCCAAUGUGAUAGGAACUGGCUUGAAGUUGUAUUUGGCGAGCUCAAUGAAAGGCUGGUAAUGUGGCCAAUUGCCAUUUUUUGAGGAGAUGGCAUGAGCUUCAAUCUGCUUUCAAGCCAUCUUGAUCAGUUGCACUUGAGUAAACUUCUCCAUGGUAGACUUUGGACAAGCUGGUUCUGUACGCAUCAUUUGUAGAAUCAACACUGAAAGAACUGUGAUGCAGGGUUGUGGUCUAGCACUGAACCAAGGGGCCAUUCCAUCCCAAAUGUGUUGCAAUGAUGUGUUAUGAAGGUUAAGGAAAAACAUUAUUUGCAAUGUGGUGGAGAUAUAGAUUCGUCUAUAAUCCUCAACACUUAUGUAUAGAGAGAUAUACAUUUCAAAAUAUAGAGUGGAGUACAUUAUUCUAGUUAAUUUGACAAUGCUCAAAAUAGACCA